AUGGAGAGUUACUUAAGGACAUGGUGUGUAGUGUUUGUGUUGUUGAGUAUAGGUUUCAGUGUAGUAAAAGCACAACAAGUGCCAUGUUACUUCAUUUUUGGUGACUCUUUGGUUGACAAUGGAAACAACAAUGGUCUUGUUUCUUUUGCAAGAGCCAAUUACUUCCCUUACGGCAUCGAUUUUGGCGGCCCUACCGGCCGUUUCUCCAACGGAAAAACCACCGUUGACGAGAUCGCUGAACUACUUGGAUUUAAUGGCUACAUACCUUCGUAUAGCGUUGCGAGUGGUCGGCAAAUACUCUCCGGAGUUAACUACGCAUCUGCAGCUGCCGGAAUCCGAGAAGAAACCGGUCGACAACUGGGACAAAGGAUAAGCUUUAGCGGGCAAGUCAGGAACUACCAGAACACGGUACGGCAGGUGGUGAGUCUGCUUGGAGACGAGACUCGUGCGGCUGAUUACCUCAAGAGAUGCAUUUACUCUGUUGGUUUAGGAAGCAAUGACUAUCUCAACAACUACUUCAUGCCUACGUUCUACUCUUCUAGCAGACAGUUCACACCCGAACAAUACGCCGACGAUCUCAUCAGUCGCUACAGCACUCAGCUUAAUGCACUAUAUAACUACGGGGCUCGAAAGUUUGCAUUGAUCGGAGUUGGCGCAAUCGGGUGUAGCCCAAACGCGCUCGCACGCAGCCGCGACAGUAGGACUUGCGAUGAAAGAAUCAACUCAGCGAACCAAAUCUUCAACAACAAGCUAAGAUCCCUCGUUGAUCAGCUCAACAACAAUCACCCUGAUGCAAAGUUCACCUACAUCAAUGCUUACGGCGUUUUCCAGGACAUGAUCACAAACCCCUCUAAUUUUGGGUUUAGAGUGACAAACGCAGGAUGUUGUGGUAUCGGGAGAAAUGCUGGUCAGAUCACAUGUUUACCGGGACAAAGACCAUGCAGAGACCGAAACGCGUACGUGUUCUGGGACGCGUUUCACCCAACGGAAGCCGCAAACGUGAUUAUCGCAAGGAGAUCGUACGUGGCACAAUCAUCUUCAGACGUCUACCCUAUUGAUAUUUCAAGGCUUGCACGGCUUUGA